UUGCAGCUGUGCCGGUUCCCUCACUCCGCAUCGCGGCUUCGUCCCGGCAGACGGGCCUGUAUUUACCGUGGCGCAGCGUGCUCGCGCGAACCUCGUUUCCUGGGGUUGUUCCUCUCGGCGUGUCGUCGUCGGGUCUCGUCGAGUUCCGUGUCCACGGGUCAGGCACAUGCGCCAUAAACCGGGCUCGCCGAUGCUGACGCUGACGCCGACGUGACCGUUCUCCAGCGUUCGCCGUCGCCUAAACGCGAGAACACAGACCCCGGGGCUCCGUCGAUCUCCCUCGAAUGCUCGAGAAAGGACUGCCCCUCGGAGAGUGGUAGUACACGAUUAUUGAGUGCAGGUGUCGCGCCGCAGUGAUAAUUUGUGAACCGGUAAACUGGCCCCCGGGGGUGGCUCCCGGCGAUGGAACCAGGGGAUUCGGUGUCACGGACUGAGCACAGUCUGCCCGGCUAGCGUGGAUGAACCCCGGUCAGUGAUAUUGUGCAGUGUGCGACUCUGAUCCUCGAAAGAACCGUGACUAUAGAUCGGAGGGGGUUGUUGAUCAUGUGCCUGUGACGAUCGGAGGCGUAGCGAUCGCCGGACAGGUGAGACCCGACCCGAGGGAGAAGCGUAUGUGGUUUCAGCAGUGACGUUCUCCGACCGCAAGAGGAGCCGAGGAGCCGAGGAGCCGUUGCUCGGGCCCCGAGGUAGCCAGGGAAGUCGAGGAAGUCUGCUCUCUCGGGCGCAAAAGGUGGCCGCGCUCGAACGAAGAGGAGACAGAGGAAGAGAACCUGCGCAGCGGACGCCAUCUCCGCGUUAUCGGCAAGCGGAUCCCCCGGGACUCCCCCCCAAGCAGCUUCGGCGUCGCGCACCCUCGGCGGGAGCUACCCCGCGACAGCAGCCACCCUGAUGGGAGUGUAUGAGGAGCGCGCCCCUCCUACCACCGGCAUGCACUGGCAGCCGGCCAGCUCGCAGGAGCGUGGCAGCGGCUUGGCUGUGGGGCGUCAAGGGGGGCCCGGCAGCGCGGGGGGGCCCGGAGCAGUGGACCAGGCGAGGGACCUAAGUCCCUGCCUCCCCGCGUCCAUGGGCGACGCUGCACGACCCACCACCUUACCGUGCAGUCCUCCUGCCGCCCACCAUCACGGGCCCCAUCAUACACCCCUGCAUCAGACCCACUGUGGCACGAACAACAACUGCUACGACGGACCCACCACCCCCUACGACUCCAGGGACUACGACUCUCCUGGAGGUGGACAGGAGUACAGGAACAACAACAGCAGCUUCGAGAACCCCAGCGACCUGAGCAUGCCGCCCCAAACCGCCCACCACCACCACCAUCACCACCACCACCACCACCACUCCCAUCUGCACCCGCAGACUCACUCGCAAGAACAGCAGACCUCGGAGCAUUUGCACGCUAUCCCGAAGCUGGAGCCACCACCCACCCCGCCGGCGCAGUCCGAGGACGUUCCGGGGGUGGUUUGCGCCGGAUGCGGCCUCCGGAUAUCCGACAGGUUCUACCUGCAGGCGGUUGACAGGAGGUGGCACGCCGCCUGUCUCCAGUGCUCGCACUGCCGUCAGGGCCUGGACGGCGAGGUUACCUGUUUCAGCAGGGACGGAAACAUUUACUGCAAGAAGGACUACUAUCGGAUGUUUGGCAGCAUGAAGCGCUGCGCCCGGUGCCAAGCGGCGAUUCUAGCCUCGGAGCUGGUGAUGCGGGCCAGGGAGCUCGUGUUCCACGUGCGCUGCUUUUCCUGCGCGGCCUGUGCAGUUCCGCUGACCAAGGGCGACCAUUUCGGGAUGAGGGACGGCGCGGUGCUGUGUCGGCUGCACUACGAAAUGGGCGCGGAGAUGCACCCAUCCCAGAGUCCCCCGGUCCCGGUCUACCCGCCGGGUCCCCACUACCCCGGCCAGCCGUUCCCCUCGCCGGAAUUCCUUCACCAUCACCAUCACCAUCCCGCCCAUCCGCCGCAUCCGCACCACUCGAUGCACCCGCAGCACCCCCACAGCCACGUCAGCCCCGUGCCGCUUCAACCCUCGACGCCGUCCGUGCCCGACGCGGGCUCGCCGCCGAAAGUCCCGUACUUCAAUGGCGCCGCGGUUGUGCCACCACCUAGGCAGAAGGGCAGGCCCAGGAAGAGGAAGCCGAAGGACCUCGAGGCUAUGACCGCCAACAUAGAUUUAAACGCGGACUACAUAGAUAUGCCCUUCGGCAGAGGGGGGCCGGCGACUCCCGGCAUACCUGGCUCGAACAGCAGAACAAAACGAAUGAGAACGAGUUUCAAGCAUCACCAGUUAAGGACGAUGAAGAGUUACUUCGCGAUCAAUCACAAUCCGGACGCGAAGGAUCUCAAGCAACUUUCCCAGAAAACUGGCUUGCCAAAAAGGGUGCUGCAGGUCUGGUUCCAGAACGCUCGCGCAAAAUGGCGGCGCAUGGUGCUGAAGCAGGAGGGGAAAUCGGACAAGUGCGACAGCGGCGUGGAUGGUGGUUCCCUGGGCGAUCUCGAGCUCUAUGGGAACAGCACCGGAAGCGGUGGCCCGCCGAUGAGUCCCCCGUUCAUGCUGGGAGGACCCCAUAGUCCCGCGUCCCUCGCCUCAUUGGACUGCGCGUGAUCCCCGAAAUCCCUUUUCCGGGCCAGGUCGAUCGAACGAUUCGCCACGAGGGACUCGUAAAAGGAAUCGGACGCGUUUCCAGGACCGUCGACGAUCCGGGAGCGCCGGGGAGCAUCGGUUUUCCCCAUCCCGAACCGCGGACACAUCGAUAUUUCCAUGUCUCGACGCUGUGAAUAAUUUAUUUGUCGCUGACGGGGUUGCUUCCUGGGUGAUCCGGGGAGGUUCGAUCGACGAGAACGUCAGAGAUUUUCUAGGGAGGAGGCUCUCCCCCUCGAGAUCCAGCGAAUCGAUGCUCAGAGUUGCCAUUUUUUUAUAGAAAUGGACACUGCCAGGCUGAGGACACUUCAACCGGGACGAUGCAUCUUGUUCAUUUGCUGCUCGACGUCGUUUCUUAACCGAAGUCCCCACUGAAAUUUGUCUAAUUGCUCAUACGGCGAAAAAGUAAUAUUUAUUUAGCUGCUCGGGAUCCCACUAUCGUGUUGCACUUUUAUUAAUUUGACUUCUUCAAUGAACUCCUAGCCAAUUCGAAACAAUUCUUUCUUUCGACUCGGUGGAAGACCGACAUUCCACAAUCUCCUAUCUAUUAAUUUCGCUAUAGCAUCGGGAAGAUUGUGAAUAUUUAAGUGCUCUUUGCGAGGCCUGUUGGUUUCGAAUCGCCAAAUCGAUUUGGAUGACGCAUCGAACGGUCCAGGAAGCAUCGUUAAAUCGGCCAUCGUCUCCCCGAUCGAAGACAGGAACGGAUCGUCCUGCGGGCAAAAUGGCGGAUGUACCAUAGCGGAGAAUCGAUUAGUCGAAAGCAUUAGAAAGCGUUGUAUUUAUUGUAUCCGAGACGGUGAAUCGUCAUUUCGAAUUGGUUCGUGCUCGUGUUCCGAUGACAGAACUCGACGGACAGUGCGGGCUCGCAAGCAGAUCGAUAGAUCGACGGAGGACCGUUCCCUCGAUCGCGAGCGUUUGUAAUUAGUUAUCGAUGUCUAUUUAUUGGUUAUAAGCGUUCUGAGGUAAACCAAGUUUGGCUCGCAAACUUGAUCAGUGCUGUGUGAAAAUCCAACGUUUCCGGGAGGAAAUUAUUGGAGCGGGAGGCAUGUGUAUGAUUGUGUACGUACAUAAUAAUAUAUACAUAUAUAUAAUUACGAUAAUCGUUAGGUGAAUUAGGUGACCAGAGCAGUUAAUUCGCGUCUGGAACACGCGGUUGGAAAAUUGCGGUCUCGUCGACGCAGAGUCAUUGAAAUUUGUUGAAUAAUUCAAAGAUCGGAGCGUUCUGAAACGUUGGGUUUUAACGUCGAUAUAAAUAUAAUUAUAAAUAAAAAUAUAAAUAUAUAUAUAUAAAUAUAAAUAUAUUAUUUAUAUAAAUAAAUUUCGGGCGCGCGAACGAUGUGUAAUUAUAAUUAUUGCUCAAGACAGAAGAACGAACGACGUAGAACGCGGAGCGAGGAGAUACGGCGGGUCGAGCCGCGCCCGAUCGCGAAUCCAUGACGUAUUUGAAGUAAUUGUUGUAAAUAAAGGACGUUCCUCAAGUUUCUUAAGGCACCGCUAUAGGUUGUAGGGAUUAUAAUUGCAUUCGGUAGCGGUUCUGUUAGGCAAGGUAAUAAUGAUGACGACGAUUAUUAUUAUUAUCACUCCUAUUAUUACUAUUCUUGUAACGAAUGGAACGAUUGUCUAAUUUUACAAGAUGAUUUUUUCAUUGAAUAUAUUUUGACAAUAUACUCGC